CGUCCCCAACUGGCAAGGAGGACGCGGGGCCAGGCAGAGGCUGACCGACUGGCGCUGGCAGCUGCUGGGGUCUCGGCCCAGCCCUCCUGUGCACCGGCGGGGAGCGGCUGGGCGCUGGAGUGUCCCUGCGCUGGACUGUCCCGCACCCGGGGCGGGGCUAGCGGGGGGCCGGGCCGGCCGGGGCUCGUAAAAGGCCGCGGCGGGCGGGGACGGCGGACUCUGGGGCGCGCGCUCCCCUGCGGCGGUGGCCCUGGGGCCAUGGGCGCCGUCUGGUCCGCCCUGCUGGUCGGAGGGGGUCUGGCCGGCGCGCUGGUCGUCUGGCUGCUGCGGGGCCCGGGGGACCCGGGGCGAGCGGAAAUGGAGCAGGAUGCGCCCCCCGCGGAGGCUGCGGAGCCUGGAGGCGGCGACCCCCGAAGCCCAGGACCUUGCAGGAGGCAGCUGGACAGCAAAACAGACCCUCUCCAAGGAGGCAGUGAGCGUUUGGGCUCAGAGCCCCAAGGAUCUGGCAAGGGAGGAGCAAGCCAGCUGCAGAGUCCUUCCGGAGAAGACUGUGAGGGUUCGAGAGCGCACGUUCCCUCGGGCAGGGCCCCAGACACUGACUCACUGGUUCACGAGGUGGGAAACGCCAGGAGUUUCCUGGACUCUUCACGAGGGGAACGGGGCUUCCUCAAAGGACAAGAUGCGGCGACGACAGCAGCUCCUUGUUUCGUAGAGAAGUUGCCUAGCGUGGACAGAGCGGCCGCAGCCGGCCUGGCGCGGCUGGACAGUCAGGAGCUGGCCGACGCCGAGGACUGGGAAGUGGUGUCUCGGCACUCGUCCUGGGGAGAGAUUGGUCUGGGUGGCAGUCUUGAGGCUUUUGUGGUAAGCCCCAACGAGGGACUGGACGAUGGCAGAGACAUCUUCGUGGAAGUGAAAGAUCAGGCAGAGGAGGUGAAAACAGACAGGGCAGUUGCUGUGCCUCCAGGGCCUGAGCGGGUUAGCAUCCGCUUCCAGAUCCACUAUAUCCCCAGCACCGACAUGCAAGCCCUCGCGGUCACUGGAGACCACGAGAGUCUCGGGAAGUGGAACACGUAUGUCCCGCUCCAGGCUGGCCAGGAAGGGCUCUGGUCCCAGUCCGUGUCGCUGCCGGCAGACACAGGGGUGGAGUGGAAGUUUGUGGUGGUGGAGAACGGGCGCAUUACCCGCUGGGAAGAAUGCAGCAACCGGUUCUUAGAGACUGGCUUUGAGGAUAAAGUGGUUCACAAGUGGUGGGGGACCCACUGAUUGGGGUCGGCCAUGUCAGACGGGAGUGCGCUGCAGGGGACUGAUGAACAAUACAGGAAAUGUAACUCCACGUGGAGGGGACGAGUGACUUCUGAUGUAUCCUGUGAGCGUGGGCUUCUCCCCUGGGGCACUGAUGGAUAGGUUAAUGAUGAUCUAUCAGUACUUUAGGGCUUGGUCCUUUUGGGGAGCAACCUAGCUAAGCUCUGGGGUGAGCUGGUCAGGCAGCAUGGAAAGGAAACCAGCCCGCAGUAGUGGCUUCAAGCUUGAGCUUUUGGGUGACCCUUACACCAGGCUUCAAACAAGCAUCCAUGAGAAAGGGCCAGUUUCCGGUGGGAAGCAGUGCAGAAGUACCCUGUCCUUACUGCAUGCGCACUUAUGUGUAGGAAUAUUUCACACCAGCUGGAACUAGAAGGUCAUUAGGUAUGAUCAAGAAUCUGAGGUAGUGUCUUAAGAUUUCCUAAAGCUUCUUUCUUGCUUGAUUUUACCUGUCAAGUGUGGCUUAAAGGGAGCAAGGAUGGCAGGUGUGGCUUGAAGGUAGUAAGUGUGUCUUUGUUUUAAUGACUGAAGGCUGGUGAAGAAACAAGGAAUCGGAUCAAAAUCUGCCACUGAGGCUGGAGCGGUAGCACAGCGGGUAGGGCAUUUGCCUUGCACGCGGCCAACCCAGGUUUGAUUCCUAGCAUCCCAUAUGGUCCCCUGAGCACCGCCAGGAGUAAUCUCUGUGCAUUUCCGGGUGUGAACCAAAAAUUGAAAAAAAAAAAAGAGAAAAUCUGCCAUUGGCGCCAUUCCAUGAGGACAGGGAGCAGGAAUGAAGAGAAGGUGUGAGCUGAGCAAGGGGACCGGAGAGACCUUGAAGGGGGCUGGGAGGCGCAGGUAAGGCCUUGUCUCAAGGGGUGGGGGGCACAGCCUGUCAAUUACUCACUGGGCCUCUGUCCAGCUGACUCUGCCCUGGUGCGCCUGAAGACUGUCUCGGGGCUGUUAGCUGAGCCUCUUCCUUCUUUGCCACCACUUAUGGGAUAACAAAAUGAUGCUAGGGCAGUGAUGUCAGAGUAUAUCUUUGUAUGAAGAAGAAAAACAUUGAAUAGUUGUUAUAUCUGAAAACCUAGUAAAUCCUGAAUUUUAAUAUACUGAUUGAAUGUCUGAAUUAUUUGUCUGCAUCAUGGGUCUGUACUUGCUUAUAUGGAAAAUAUGGAUCAUUUCUUCCAUGAAUAGCAGAGCCAGAAAGCAAACACGGAGAGAGGGCAGUCUGCGUUUCCCCUUCAGAGCGCAGCGGAGUAUGACAACACUUUCUCGGUGUUUGUUGUCUGUGUGGCGUUACGCAUGCCUUUCUGGAAGUUUGUUUGUUUGUUUUUGUGCCAUACUCAGCGGUGCUCGGGACUCACUCCUUGCUCUGUGACCAUGGAUCACUCCUGGUGGGGCUCAGGUGACCACAUGGGGUGCUGGGGAUGGUGCACAGCCAGAUCAGACGUAUGCAAGGCAAAUGCUCUGCCUGUUGUAUCUCUCUGGCCCUGUUCUGAAAUUCUUACCCAUUAAGGUAACUUUUAAUAAGAAUAAAAUCUUUUUGUCAGA